AUGGAUUUUUACAAAAAGAAGCAUCGAUACAGUGUUGAUUCCACUAAAAAGCCACCAAAAAGCAAUUUUAUAUCUUCAGCUUAUCCUACUAAUGAAAAUCGAUACAAAUAUUUAAAAGAAAAAGACUGAGAAGAAAUGAUAAAAAAUCUAAAUCAACGGCUUAUCAAUGAAGAGUACCUUAAAAGCAGCUAUGAAAAUAUCGCAAGAGAAAGAAGUAUCGAAAUAGGGGCUUUAAAGCAAGAAAUAGCCAAUCUUGAUGCAUCACUUAAAGAAGCUAAUAAGAAAAUUGAUGAGAUGAAACUGAUGCAAAGAAAUACUGAUACUGCUAUGGCAAGAAUAAUCGAAGACGGAAAAUUAAAACUGAAAACAUCAGAGCUAGAAGCAGCCCAAAGUAAAGAAAGAAAUAAAGAAUUAGAAGAGCUCUUAAAAUCUCAUUAUGAUCAAAAUCUGACACUUUUUAAUGAAAAUAAAGAAUUGAGGAAAAAAUUGGAAGAAAAUAAUUCUCAUUAUUUAGAAGAAAAAUCAGAGCUUAUUGAGAAAAUUAAAGAGUUAGAAUUAAGCAAUAUGAUUGCGCAAAAACGAAUUGAGCAAUAUAUUAAUAGCGAAUGCAGAAGCGCAUCACCAUUUACUUCAUGCAGAAGAAAAGCCAAAAGAGAGUCAAUUACCGAGUUAAAAAGCGAAAUUGAAAAAUUGAAAUUAAAGUGUCAAAAUGAAGUCACAAAUAAUAACUUACUAAGAGAUAUAAUCAAAUCUAACGUAGAAAGAAAAAAGGAGCCAGAAACAAUUGAAGAUAGGCUAAAGUCAAGUGAAAUGAAAAUAAAAGAAUUAGAAUCAUUACUCCCCUCUUCGGGAGCGAACGAAACCAUUGGAAAAUCCCUAUUUUUUGGGUAAAACUAAACCUCUCUCGAAAAAAAAAUUUUUAUGAAAAAAUAUUUGAUAUAUAAGUGAUAAUUAUUAUAAUGUAAUCUCGAGCUAAUUCUUUUAAUUUUAGACAGCUUGCAUUUUAAGACAUAUUUUAUAAAUUAAAUUAAUAUUUGCUUUGAAUUAUUUCUAAUUGGGAUUAUUUUAAUUUUGAAAAAUUAACCCCUUUCCAUGAACGAACAACAUUUUUUAAUGCUAAGGGUGAGAUAGUUUUAUCUUCUCAAUUUCUCUCCCAAGAAGAGGAUCGGUCUCAUUUGGCAAGCACAGGUUCUUUACUUCGUAAAAAUGUAAGAUCAAGCUUAUCUCCGACACAGAGUCCCAGAAAUUCAUUCUAUAAAACGAGAAAACCUGUUUACUCAAAGCCGAAAAACAGCAUGAAAUAA